AUUAGCCCUCCGAUCCCUUCUCCCCUAUAAGUGUUUCACCAUUUCUUGGACUCUCCUCUCAAUAAUUUAGCCAACCCUCAGUCACAUUGAGAAUUUGGUGCAUUUUUUUGGUGCCAUAUAUGGAUUCAACAAGGGCAGAUACAGCUAGUCUCAACCUCAACCUCAACAUUAAUCCCGAUGAAGCCUGCAAUGGUGAAACAACCCUGGAGAGUGAAUUAAAGGAAGAGUUGAAUCGGAUGGGUAGUGAGAACAAGAAGCUAAAGGAAAUGUUAUUUAUUCUGUGUGGAAAUCACGACUCCCUUCGAAAGGAUCCUGCAAAUUUUCCCUCCAAUUUGAAGAAGAGAAAAGCCGAAGUAAUUGAGAAUUUGGGAGUUGCAAUUGGAAGUUUUAGUGAUGGAAAUAAUGAGAGCAGCCCAUGUUGUGGUAUUGGUGGUGGAGGAAAUUCAUGGAAGAGGCCAAGGGAAACCAUAUUAAGGACUAAUGUUUCUAGGGUUUAUGUGAAGACUGAUCCACUUGAUACAACCCUAGUAGUGAAGGACGGAUAUCAAUGGAGAAAAUAUGGUCAAAAGGUCACUAGAGAUAACCCUUCUCCUAGAGCUUACUUCAAGUGCUCCAUUGCACCAAAUUGCCCUGUUAAAAAGAAGGUGCAAAGAAGUGUGGAAGAUACAUCUUUGUUAGUGGCAACCUAUGAAGGAGACCACAACCACCACCACCCCAAUUGUCAAGCUGAGGUGUCUUUGGGCUUCAACCAAUUAGCUAGCCCAAACUAUAACAACUCUUCAAGCCCAAGCCCAAGCCCAAGAAAAAACCCAAGCCCAAUGCUUGAUUCUAUUGGGCCCCGAAUCGAUGUGUCUUCAUUUCAACAGCUCUUGGUUGAAAAAAUGGCAAAUUCCUUGACCGGAAAUCCGAGUUUCACCGCAGCAAUCGCCGCCGCGAUUUCAACCAGGAUUUUUGACCACGAUUUGACGGAGAGUUGCGAAAACACUGUCUAGUUUUUGCUUUCUUUCGUUCGAUUUCAUAAGAUCAUGUUCUACCUUCUUCUUCUUUAUAUCCGAAUCAUGUUCUACUUAUUAAGAAACUUUUUUGGAAUGCAUGAGUAAUUGAGUA